AUGCGCUUCCUUGCUUUUCUGCUGUGCCUGAUCCCUCUCGCUCUGUGUAUCAUUGAGCCCCGUGGUAUUGAUGGUCCUACCUCCCACGAGGCUCCUACGGACCUGCCUAUCGACUGGCACAUUCUGUCGCAGGCAGCGGGUAUGGCCCACGAGCCCUACUGUCUGUUCGGCGACAUUGGUGACCGUGUCGGCGAUGCGGAAGUACUGUGGAGCAAGGGACACGGCGUCGUGAUUCAGCGUGUCAAGAUCUUCCAUUCCAAGUCGUUGGGUGUGACGGUGAGCUUUGAAGGCACCACCGCCAGUCUGCUUUCCAUCUUGCACGAUGUGAAUGCAGCUCUGAUUGAUCCUCCGAAGGAAGUGGCACCUGCGUACUGCGAAGGCGUUAAGCUGUUUGCUGGCUUCAGCAAUGCCUACAUGGAACUGAGGGAUGAAGUCUACGAGCAGAUUGUCAAGUUCCAGAAGCAGUUCAACGACAAGCGCGUAACGACCACGGGUCACUCGCUCGGUGCCGCCAUGGCCGUGCUGGCUGCCAUGGACCUGAACAAGCGCCUGGAUGACGGCAUCUACCGCUCCUUUGCCUUUGGUAUGCCGCGCACCGGUAACGGCGCCUUUGCCAACGAUGUGGACAAGAAGAUCGGCGGUCGCUUCUUCUACGUUGUCAACGGUCGCGACUGGGUGCCCCGUGUGCUCCCGCGUGAGCUGGGCUUCCAGCACCCAUCGGGUCAGAUCUGGAUCAACCCACCCAGCACGACCCACUGGAAGUACUACCCUGGACAGGAGAACCACUAUGGUGCCAACUCGGAAGACCCUAUCCUGACCUUUGACGACCACCACGGCAUCUACUUCCACACCAGCCUUGGACAUGGCCCUGGCAAAUGCCCCGCCUCUGUGGGAACGGCCUAA